UCAAGGUCAGACGGAGUCAAGAGAAGAGAUGGGGCAUCCUUUAUAAGUGCAUGACCACCAGAUGUGUGCAUUUGGAUCUCCUCGAAAGCCUGGACACAGAUUCCUUCCUGCUCUCCCUGCGCCGCCUAAUAGCACGCAGGGGUAAACCAUUCGAGCUUCUCUGUGAUAAUGGAACCAACUUUACAGGAGGAAAUCGAGAAUUAGUAGAGGCCUUUGAAGCUAUGGCUCCUUGCCUGCAGGAGCAAUUAGCAGAGCAGAGGAUCAGAUUCCAGUUUAACCCACCUUCCGCUCCACAUUUUGGAGGCACCUGGGAAAGGGAAGUCAAGUCGGUGAAAACAGCUCUGAGAGUAGUCCUACGAGAGCAGUCAGUCGCUGAGCCAGUUCUGCGGACUCUACUGAUCGAGGUGGAAGGAAUUCUUAAUUCCAAGCCAUUGGGCUAUGUGUCAACAGAUGUCUCGGAUCCUGAUCCUAUAACACCCAACAUGCUACUUAUGGGACGCAGGGAUUCAUCUCUUCCCCAGGCUUUAUAUGGCGGAGAGGAUUUGCUUGGGAAGCGACGAUGGAGACACAGCCAGGUGUUGGCAGACAACUUCUGGGCUUCCUUCAUCAGACACUACCUCCCGGGACUGCAGCAACGUCAGAAGUGGAAGAGCGAUAGCAAGGAACCUACUACGGGUCAGGUUGUUCUUGUUGUUGAUCCACGGCUCCCGCGGGCUCUUUGGCCUGUGGGUUCGGUGGUUGAGACCUUCAAGGGUGCAGAUGGACGUGUACGUAUUGCCACAGUGAAGACCAUACUCAUAUGCUCCAUGAGCUCAGCAUGUAACAUGUGUUUCACAUGUACUUAUGCAUCUCAGCCUGUUAUGGACCAUGUUCUGUCUUUGGAGCCAUAUUAAAGCUGCCGAACAUUA